AUGGAUUCCGUCAGGCUGGUAGCAGAGGGUUUAGCAGCUCUGCUCGCUCUUUUCUUCAUCUGCAAUAUUUGGCAAAAGAAGAAAAGAGAAGCAAGAGGCCGACUACCAGAACCGGACGGUCGUUGGCCAAUAGUCGGACACCUUGGCCUGCUGACGGGAACCACACCUCUCUAUAAAACUCUCGCUGCUCUUUCAGAGAAGCUGGGGCCUCUCUUCAGUCUCCAAUUGGGACAAAGGCGUGCCAUUGUGGUGAGCAGCAUGGACUUCGCCAAGGAGUGCUUCACUGUCAAUGACCGAGCCUUUGCCGGUCGGCCUCAGCUAGAAGGUUGGAAACGCCUUGGCUACAAUCGUGCCAUGUUCGUAUUCAGCCCAUAUGGACCUUACUUUCUUGAACUCCGCAAGAUCGUCGCCAACAAGCUGCUCUCAAGCCAGCAACUCCGACUGGUUUUGGUAGUAGCCGGGACAGAGAGCAUGGCAGUCACACUUGAGUGGGCUCUCUCUCUCUUGCUAAAUAACCCACAUCUCUUAAAGAAAGCCCAAGAUGAGUUAGACUGCCAGGUCGGCAAAGAGCGACAAGUGGAUGAAUCAGAUCUCAGUAACUUGCCUUAUUUGCAAGCUAUAGUCAAAGAGACAAUGCGCCUACACCCAACCGGACCACUUUUGGACCCACACGAGUCAACGGAACCAGUUCAACUUGGUGGGUUCGAGGUGCCGGUUGGCUCAAUCCUGUUUGUUAAUGUGUGGAAGAUUCAUCACGACCCGACAUUGUGGGCGGACCCAGAAGAAUUCAAGCCAGAGAGGUUCUUGAGCAGCCGCAACGAGAUGACCGGCUUUGGUGGUCAGGACUUUGCGUUCUUGCCAUUUGGAUCGGGAAGGAGGAUCUGUGUUGGCCGGUGGAUGGCCAUGCAAGUUCUUCACCUAACUUUGGCAUGCUUGCUGCAGAGCUUUGAAUGGUCUACACCCAUGAAUGAGCCGGUUGACAUGACCGUGGGACAUGGCCUAACCCUGCCCAAAGCAACUCAGCUUAGAGUGCUUUUGAGGCCCCGUCUCCCACCCCACCUCUAUUAG